AUGCUGGACGACAUGGCAAGCAACAACAGGAGCCACGAGCUCACCUGGAACGAGUACGACAACGAGGACGAGCUGGACAACGAGUUCAGGGACAACGUCGGGGACGGGAUCGUGGACGGGCACCUUACGUCGCUGGAGGAGGAAGUGUUGAUAGGGAGCUUGCUGGACAGCGAGGACAUCGGGCCAGCGGUUCGAGCAGUGUAUGAGAGAGGAGCACAAACGUCGCUGCUCUCGUCCUUGGAUGGGAUUGUGGAUCAGAAAGACGAGGAGAUCCUGGGGCUCUGCGGGCAGGAAAGUGCGUUGGACUUCAUCCGGUCCGUGGAGGCCAUUGUGUCGAUCAGGGACCAUGCGCGACAAGUCGGCGACAGCAUCGUCUCAGUCAAUGACGAGCUGCAAUCUGAGGGGCGAGAGCUUCUGGCGGCGCAAGAGGAGGUGAAGAGGCUCGGGGUUGCGGUGAGGAACAUCGACAACUCCUACGAGGCUCUUGCGGAGCUCCAGGGGGCCCUGCAGCUCAUCUGCACUAUCAAGGCAACCGUUGUCGCUUGUUGGCUCCCUCUCAUCCCCUGCCUCCAGAGGUUCCUCGACCAGAAGAAGCUGCUCAGGGCGCUCAAGACCUUCCAGCAGCUGCAGGCAAGCAGUGAAAACAUGCAGGCUCCUUCGUUCAGCCGACUGCUGGAGCGUCAGCUCCCCAUCCAGGCGGAGAAGAUGCGGACAAGCUGCCUGAUGGAGUUCAACAAGUGGAUCUCGCAGCUUCGCAUGCUCGCACAGCCCGUGGGGAAGGCGGCGAUGCAGGCUAUGCAGGAGAGCAGCGUGCUAGAGGACGAGGCCCUGCAGCUGGCCAACCGCAACACGCAGGCAGCGCAGGUGGACGGGGAGGAGCCGGGAAGCAUCCCUCGGCUCUCGCUCGCCGCCAUGAGCAGCAGCGCUCGAUCCUCCGGCCUCAUCGACUUCCGUAAGGUCGGAGUGGACAUGGGCUCACUGCUCCAGUGCCUGCACAUCUUCCGAGAGCUCGGGCAGCUCCCCUCCCUCCGCUCCCACUUCCGCGACACUCGGAGGUCCCACGCCAGGAUCGACCACCUUCCUCCCAAGGACUUCGUGCUCGACAUCAGCGGCCUCUUCCGCCCCUUCCUCGAGAAGAUCCUUGGCUUCUUCGUGCUGGAAGAUGCCGUCUCCACCGCCUCCAACGGCGUCUUCCCUCGUGCUCAGUCUGACUACGAGUGGGCCGGCUGCGCUCUCCUGCUCUCCUCCUCCAUCUCCCAGGAGUGCAGCAGGGUCAGGGAGUCAGCGACGUUCGUCGAGCUCCGAGCUCUCCUCCACCUCGUCUGCGGGUCCCUGGACAAGUGUGGGUACAGCACGCGCGCUCUCCGCGCCUCCUUGGAGAGCGUCCGCCCGCUCUACAUCAAGCUGCUGCUGGUGCUGCUGGCGGAGGAGGAGAGCAGGGAAGACGCGCGGCGAGUCAUCGAGAACGACAGCCAUGAUCCCCUCCGUGUUGAAAGCCCCACAGACUAUGAGAGACUCGUUGUUGACCAUCAGCUUACACACUUUGAGAUGUCAUCGGAGGAGAGCAAGGCGAGCAAGAAGUUCAAGACUGUUACCAUGUCCUUCUCGCGCAGCGUUCCGAGACUUCUGCAGAUCUGCAAGAACCUGGCUUUCGACCUGUCCUCCUUCACCGAUCAAGCUGCGUCGGACCCGCUGGAGACGUUCCUCCGGGAGGUCCUCAGCGAGGAGAUGACUCGUCCGCUUCAUCCCUACAUCGAGGCAGGUGCUGCCAUGCGAGGGGGGCAGAAAGUUCCGAUCAAUCUUGCACUGCAGAUCUGCGUAAACACUGAGGUUGUUAGCCAAAGCUGCGAGCAGCUGAUGAGCUACGUGGGCUCCCUCUACCUCCAUCUCGCCCCGAGCGAGAAAUCUGCAGUGGCUGGGAUCAAAACGAUCCAGCAGCGCGUAGAGCGAUCCUCGGAGGCGUUUCAGCGAGCGAGGAGCGGGGCGGAGGACCUUCUCUUCUCUGCCGUGAUGGCCAAGGUGGUCGAUGGGCGGGGCAGUGCGGACGUGGCUGACUGGGGGCAGGUGAACGAGAUCAUGGACCGAGGAGUCGCAGAGUUCGACUGGGCGCCGUCCUCGAUGAAGCAGAUGGACCAGCCCUCAGACUACAUCCUAGACCUCGUCGCCUACCUCCAGGCCCUCCACUACAAGGCUUUCAACGCCAUCGCUCAGCGUCUCUAUCAGCAGCCUCUCAGCUCCAGCGUCAAGAAGAUCUUCUUCAACGCCUUCCAGAAGCUUGACAAGGACCUGCAUGCUCUUGAAGCCUUCGCAAUCGAAUCAAAGGUCUCUGGCCUCAAGGAUUGCUUCGCUCCCCUGCGGCAGCUCGUCAACCUCCUCGUGGCCCCCAGCAUCCUCCCCAUCCUCGACGAGGUGGACCUGGUCAUGAAGAAGAUGCGGGAUCUAGUUUGA